AUGUCCACCGAUCUCCACCUCCACCACCAAUUACCUAAACUCCGAAUCUCCGCCGUCAAACUCGACGACGUUAACGUUGACGUUGAGGCCGAUGUUGUUUCCUCCGAUCAAAUCCCCGAGGUUCCAGUUGACGAUAUCCCGUCGUCUCCAAUUACACAACCUGAAGCUGAAAACGAAAACGAAAACGAAAACGACGGCGCCGUUGUUGAUGGCGAGAACGAAAGCGAUGAGAGUUACCGGACUCCGACUUCGAAGGAAAGCAAGAUACCGGAGAUCUUGAAUUGUCCGCCGGCGCCGAAGAAACCGAAGCCGUUCGUUUCUUGUAAGAGGAAGCUUAUGGAUGAAUUUCAAUUCUUCGAGGUUUCGAGUAAUGAAGACAUGGACGCGUUUUUCAGAUCCACUUUUCCAAAGCGGACUUGUCCUUGUACAUGA